UAUAAUGAGAGAGAGAGAGAGAGAGAGAGAGAGAGAGAAACGUACUGCGUUUCAUGUGGCAGUCUUGAACUGGAAGAAGCAAAAACAGUGGAAAAUAUUCCACCUUUUUUCAAUGGGUAAGGCCGCGAGAAGCGCACUUUGAGAAUGAAAAAAUCUAAAAAAACUCCCAAAACUCAUUUCCACUUUGCUUCAGUGCGUGCCCAACUCCCCACUUUCCCCCAAACUUUUCUUCCAAAAACAAUUUCCAUGGAAUUCAAUCCCAAAAAGACACUCCAUCUUCUCCAUUUCCCAUCUCCCUUUCUCCUUCUCCAUUCCCAACCAUGGCUUUCAACUCCAAAUUCCCAAAGAAACCCACUGUUUCUCCCUCCCAGUGCAAUCUUUGUACCACCCUUUUCUUCGUCGUUCUCUUCACGGUUCCCACUCUGUUUCUCUUCCACACCUCCACCAUCUCUGUGUGCUCUCUCUCUGCCUCGUCCGCCCGCCUGAACACAUGGUUCGGAGAUCUUCGUGAUGCUCAGUUUUCUUGGAAUCGGCUUGCUUUUGUCGAAGAACGUCCGCCACCCGUUGCUCUGAAAAUUGCAGUAUUCUCGAGAAAAUGGCCGAUCGGAACAGUCCCAGGUGGAAUGGAGCGGCACGCUCACACGCUUCACACGGCUCUAGCUCGCCGUGGCCAUCGCGUUCAUGUUUUCACCUCACCACCGCCCGACCAUGGCGGUCAAAACGUUUCUUCAGCAACUUCAGCGCCGUACAUCCAUUGGCACGACGGAGAACCAGGCCGGUGGCGGUACAACAAAGCGUGGGAGCAAUACGAAGAAGAAAACCGCCGAGAACCGUUCGACGUUAUUCACUCCGAGAGCGUCGCCCUUCCUCACUGGUUAGCCAAAAAGCUCCCGAAUCUCGCGGUUUCUUGGCACGGGAUUGCGCUGGAGAGCUUGCAAUCGGACAUAUUCCAGGACCUGGCUCGCCGGCCGAACGAGCCGAUGCCGCCGGCUUUCAACAAGAACAUUCAAGGAGACGUCCCGAAGGUACUGAACGAGAUCCGAUUCUUCCAAAAUUAUGCUCACCACGUCGCAAUUAGCGACAGUUGCGGAGAGAUGCUCCGAGACGUCUACCAAAUCCCGAGCAGAAGAGUCCACGUGAUCGUCAACGGCGUCGACGAAGAAGAUUUCGGCGAGGAUUUCAAAUUAGGGCAAGAAUUUAGGGCCAGAAUCGGGAUACCUGAAAACGCGAGUAUAGUCCUGGGAGUCGCCGGAAGAUUAGUGAAAGACAAAGGCCAUCCGCUACUCCACGAAGCUUUCUCCAUCCUCACAGAGCAUCAUCCGAACGUGUACCUGAUCGUCGCCGGAGCAGGACCAUGGGAGCAACGGUACAGAGAUCUAGGUCCUCGAGUACUGGUACUAGGAUCGAUGAGUCCGUCAGAACUUAGGGCUUUCUACAAUUCAAUCGACAUCUUCGUGAAUCCAACGCUCCGGCCACAGGGACUGGAUCUGACUCUGAUGGAGGCCAUGGCGAGUGGGAAGCCGGUAAUGGCGUCGAGGUUUCCGAGCAUAAAAGGGACCAUAGUUGUGGAUGACGAGUACGGAUUCCUGUUCGCUCCAAACGUGGAAUCGUUGGUGGAGACGCUGGAAGCGGCGGCGAAAGAAGGCCCUGAACGGCUGAUGCGGCGGGGAAAGGCUUGCCGGCGAUACGCGGCGUCCAUGUUCACCGCUCGGAAGAUGGCUCUGGCUUAUGAGAGGUUAUUUCUCUGCAUCAGAUAUGAAACUUUUUGUAAUUACCCUUAAAAAAAAAAAAACCUUUUUGGUUAAAAUUUCUUUUUUGUUCAAAUUUCUAUG